AUGAGCCAAGGAAACGCUUCGACGGGCGUCACAGUCUUCGUGCUGGGAGGCCCGGGGUCUGGCAAAGGGACGCAGUGCGCGAAAGCGGUGGCCAAGUAUGGCGGCUGGGCGCACCUCUCCACGGGAGACCUGCUGCGGGAGGAGGUGGCCAGCGGAUCGGAAACGGGGGCUGCGUGCGACGCGCUGAUGCAGGAAGGGAAGAUGGUGCCGGACGACAUCACGAUCGGUCUGUUGAAGGCCGCAAUGCAAAAGUCCUCAGCGUCCAAAUUUCUGCUGGAUGGCUUCCCACGGGAGCUCUCACAAGUUGGCCAUUUUGAGCAGCAGGUAGGGCAUGGGUGUGACUGCGUUGCCUUCUUCGAUGCAAGCGAGGAGGUCUUGCAGGAGCGGCUGCUCAAGAGGGGAGAGACAAGUGGACGUGCAGAUGACAAUGUCGAAACGAUACAAAAGCGAUUCGCAGCUUUCCGCACGUGCACACAGCCCGUCAUUGAUGAGUUCAGGAGCACGGGGAAGCUGCACACAAUAUCAGCUGAGCCACCACCUGAUGACGUGUUCGCUGAGUUCUGCAAAGUCAUUGAUGAGCUGGAGCAGAAGUCUACUGAGUGCGAGAAUCCGCCAGAAGAAACGUUGGUGUCCCCAACCACUACUUUUGCCGAUGGCAGUGUCGACGCCGAUGCCAAGGGUGACGAAGUGCAGAGCACAAGUCCUGAUGGCAAUCAAGAGGCAGAGGCUGUCAGUGCGAGGGAACAAGCAGAUGUCGAUCCCAAGACGGAGGCUGAGGCCGACGGAGAGACUGCUGAAGUCGAUGCUGACGAUAUGGCAGCGAGCAAGCCACGGUCCGAAAUUGGUGGAGAAGCAGGGGACAUACUUGCUGAGCCGGAUGCUCAAGCUGCUGCCAACGGAGUCGCCGCCAAUGUCGGUGAGGAGGCAGAGGCCGGGGUCACUGGAGAAUUGGUGACUGUCAAUGGCAAGACCAAAGCAACUGCCAGUCCCGCGACAGAUGUACAGGCCGAUGACAGUGGAGCUGCGGUGGAUGGCAAUGUUGUCCAAGAGGCAACUGCGAGUCUCAAGCCAGUGACAGAGGCCGAUGUUGGCGACAAUUGUGUUGAGGCAGGGGCAGGACCCACAAAUGGGUCUGAGGAAGAUGCUGAUGCAGCAGGAGCAGAGGCCGGUGUUCCUGCAAAGCCAGAGAGCGAUCCCGAGCUGGAUCCUGAGACUGGGGAUAAUGGCAAGACAGCAGAUAUCAAAGGAGCAUCAGAAGUCGAUGCCCACACUGACAGCCAUGCUAAAGGAGAUGGCGAAGCUGAUUGCCCUGGAGAUGCUGUUGUUGAUGUCAAUGGUGGCAUAGAUGGCCCUGUGCAUAUGGACACCACAGAGAACGAAGGAUGCGAAGAUGUGGCUUUCAGGCAUGACGACUCAGAACAGGUUGCAACAGAGGGAGGAGAGACUGUGGCGCACAAGGGCGCCACCACACUGGAAGCUGAAGAGACUACCAAGACGCCAGCGCAGUCACAACCGGUCCUUCACCAAGGUAGUGACGUCAGAAAGCUGCCCACGGAGCAAUACAUGGACUGCACCGUUGUCCCUGUUCUGAGAGAAGCCCUCCGGGAGCUCAACACGAAGAGGCCCAACGAUCCCCUGCAAUUUUUGGCCAACUAUUUGAUGCAACACAAGACCCUGAACGAGCGAACGAUUUGA